GCGGCUCCGGCUAGUCCUAGUUCCGCGAUUGCAGCGGCGGCAUUCGCGCUUCAAACAUGGCAGCGGCUACCAGCGUUGUCGUGCUCGACCGGGGCAACAACACCACCUGCACGAUCAAUCUUCACGGUGCGACCGUCGUGUCUUGGCGGGUCAACAAUCAGGAGCAGCUGUUUGUCAGCAAGCAGGCGAUUUUCGAUGGAAAGAAAGCAAUUAGGGGAGGAAUUCCAUUUGUCUUUCCGCAAUUCGGUGCUUGGACUUUCGGGCCCGGCCACGGCUUCGCCAGCAUAAUCCGCUGGACCGUGGAGAAGUCGCCGGAACGGCUGCCCAGUGGUGAUGUCGAGGCCAUCUUCUUCCUCAUGGACAACGAAUUUACGCGCUCGAUGUGGAACUACCCGUUCAGGUUGACCUACAGGUUAAUCCUCAGGGAAAAGGAGCUGCACUUCAACAUCGGCGUCUAUAAUCCCAACAAGGAUCACACGUUCAGCUUCAACCUCCUGCUGCACACGUACUUCAAGGUGCCGGACGUGAGGAGGUGCCAGAUCACCGGACUCCACGGAUGCACCUUCAUCGACAAGACGCGAGACAAUCAGAUCUUCCAGGAGGGCCGAGACGUGGUGACGGUGUGCGAGUGGACGGACCGCAUCUACCAAAACACUCAGCCGGAGCACAUAAUAACGAACGUGGUAUCAGGCAGGAAGAUGCGCGUCCAGAAAUACAAUUUCCCGGACACCGUCGUCUGGAAUCCGUGGCUAGAGAAGGCCCGCGACAUACCGGACUUCGGUGACGACGAGUUCCCGAACAUGAUCUGCGUGGAGAGCGGCCACGUCAGCAGUCCCGUGCUCCUGCUGCCGGGCACGGCUUUCGAGGCCAGUCAAAUUCUCCAGGUAAUGUGAGUGGAGGGUGGAGGAGGACCGUCGCAGAGCAGUGCGGCGUCAGGGAGGCCUGGAUGCGCUGUUGCCGAG